AUGGGCUGGCAGAGCCUAAGUCCAAGAGACGAGCUUGAAGACAGCGACCCCAUUGCCUGGCAGAGCCUGAUGGAGCACGAAAUGAUCUUCCGCUUCUUUGACACCGAUGGGAGUGGCUCCAUCUCCCUCUCGGAGUUCUAUGCCGUCAUCGAGGCGAUGGCGCCGGUGCGGUGUCUGGCGGACCUCAGAUGCAGGUGGAUCGCUUUGGGCGUGGCGCCUUGCAGAGCCAUGGAGCAGAUGGCGCCCCGCUCGAGCUGGGCCGGGCGCCGGUACAACUGCCAGACCUUUGGGCAGCUGCUGCCCGCGCCCGAGCUCGCGUCCGCCCGCAACGGCCAAACGGGCUGGGUGCAUUUCUGGCACGGGGCCUCGGGGCGCUAUGCCGUGAGCCUGGAUGGCUCCAAGGAGAUGGUGAGGAUCAAGCCGCGGAACCUGCUGAAGCGGCCAGCGGCAGUGAGGCCAAAGGCGCCUCACCGCUGGACGGGGGCCUCCCUGGAUCUCUGCUACGAGUUCCUGCUCUGCGCCAGGCACAGCCUGCUGGGCUGGGCGCCCCUGGCGCUGAUCUGCGAGUUCCUGCGGGUGCCUUGCCGGGGCCUGGCGCCCAUGGGCCACGAGUGCUCCCCCAAGGGCGGGCACCCUUUGGCCAGUUUGGUGCGGCUUUGGCACGCGAUGGGGGCAGAGAAGGCCAUCCAGGAGAUGGACUCCGAGGUGGCUCGUGAGCUUCUCAAAGUCUUCCACGAUUUGGACAUCUUCGAUGAGCGGCACGUGGUGAGUCUUGAGGGCUUGUUGCGGGAACUGCGGGCCACGGGCGCCGUCCAAAACGUGGAGGAGGGCGCCUAUGCGGAUUUCGCCUGCCUCCAGCUGGAGAUGUGCCUAGUGCUGGGGGAGCGGGCUCAGGAGCACCAGGUCCUGUCCGCGCACUCGGUGAUUUGCACCUGGACCAGCAGCUGCUGCGGCUGGAGCCGCCAGGAGCCCCUGCUGCUGACGCUGCCGGCGGAGGAGCGGCCUCUGGAGCUGCAGAUCCAGGAGGCGAUGCAGUCGGGGGGCUUCGAGAACUACCACUGCCACUUCUGCGGGCAGACGGCCACGCUCCUGCACCAGUUGAAGCUGGCAGACUGUCAGCAGCUCUGCGUGGAGAUCCGGCGCUUCGCCUUCGUUGCGGGCGCCUUGCAGAUGGUGCGCUCCCCCAUCGGCGCCUUCCCGCAGCGCCUGGCGCUGCCGCCGGAGCUCUUUGCCACGGCCAGGGCGGCGGUCUUCGAGCUGAAGGCGCUAGCACUCCACAACGAGGACCCAGAUCUUGCGGCUGUGGGCUAUAGCUCCAUCGUGCGCGCCGGUGGCCUGUGGUGGUGGCACCGCUCCACCGCGGUGGGGCGCCCGGUGACGGGUCACCCGCUGGGCUCGAGGUGGGGAGGUGCCACUCUGGCGGCCCCGAAGCAGGUGACCUGGGAGGAGAUUCAGCAGCUGCGGCACAUCGUCUACUACCUCGUCUACACGCGGGUCUGA